AUGGCGAUAGUUCAAAAAUAUGGUAAACCUGACAUAUUGCUAACCAUGACGUGUAAUCCAGCAUGGGAGGAAAUAGCAAAUGAAUUACUCCCUGGUCAAACGUCACAAGACCGACCAGAUUUGCUAACUCGAGUUUUUAGAGCAAAGUAUGAACUUCUAAAGAAAGAUAUUUACAAGACUGGAGUUCUUGGUAAGGUCAUCGCUCAUGUGCAUGUCAUUGAGUUUCAGAAAAGAGGUUUGCCACACUGUCACAUGGUUAUCAUUCUUGAUGAGAAUGACAAAUUGAACACACCCGAUGAUUACGAUCACAUUCUAAGGGCAGAAAUUCCAUACAGAGAUGAAGAACCAGAGCUCUACAAAAUUGUACUUAAACAUAUGAUACAUGGACCAUGUGGAACUAUUAAUGAAAACUCUCCAUGUAUGAAAAAUGGCAGUUGCAAGAGAAAUUAUCCAAAGCAAUUUUCUGAAUUUACAGUGCAAGGAAAUGAUUGUUACCCUGUAUAUAGGAGGCGCAAUGAUGGAAGAUCUGUUGUAUUGGAUAGAAAUAGUGAAGUAGAAAUUGAUAACAGAUGGGUUGUCCCAUAUAAUCCAUGGUUGUUAUUGAAGUAUGAUUGUCAUAUAAAUUUGGAGGUAUGUAGCAGCAUAAAGUGUGUGAAAUAUCUAUAUAAGUAUGUUUAUAAGGGACCUGAUCGUGUUUCUUUAGAGGUGCGUUUGGGACCAAAUUAUGAUGAAAUAUCGAAGUAUUUAGAUGCAAGAUGGAUCUGUGCUCCUGAGGCAUUGUGGAAGCUUUUCACAUUUCCAAUGAAUCGUAUAUAUCCUUCUGUUGAGCGCCUACAAAUUCAUCUUCCAAACAGGCAUCAAGUCAGGUACUACAGUCAUACCCCAAUAAGAGAAAUUUUGGAAGAGCCCACGAAUUCUAUGACCAUGCUUACACAAUUUUUUCAAAUGAAUUCUGUUAGUGAAUUUGCAAGACUGUGGUUAUAUAGAGAAUUCCCUCAGCAUUUCAGAUGGUUAGGAUCUCAAAGAACUUGGCAGAGGAGAGUGUCUACACAAAAAGUUAUUGGACGAAUUUAUACUGUGUGUCCAUCUGAAGGUGAGCGUUUUUACUUGCGUAUUCUAUUAAAUCAUGUUAGAGGUCCCAAGUCAUUUGAUGAUCUUCUGACUGUUAAUGGAAUUGCAUUCCCAACUUUUAAGCAAGCAGCUGAAAGGAUGGGUUUACUUGAGGAUGAUGGGAGUAUACGUUAG